AUGGACGCACCAGACUCGCAUCCGCCUCCCAACUCCAAAGUGAUUAUUGAAUGUAUUGAUCCACAUAACCUCUUUGACCGUCUCGAGCCACGAUUAUCGGCCAGAAGCCCUCUACAGAACCUACACUGGAAGUCUCCCAAUCGACCACUUCGAUCGAUCGCGAAUCUGAACAUAUCUUUGACGCGCGACGACCCAUCCGCUGGGGUGCAAACCAACGUUCGGAGGCACCAGAUACCAGGUCUCCGGGAGACUCCAUACGUUAAAUUAUAUCUGCUACGGUGCGAUGACAAGGAAACGUAUAAAGAGAAGGUCAGGAAAGAGGUCCGCCAGUGGGUCAAGACACAAACACCAUCAAGUGACGGGAAAUCGUCGAGCAAGAGCCAGGAGGAUCACGAUGCCUUCGAAUGGCUGAUUGUCCAUGUUGUUCUUCCAAACACUCCUGCAGCUAGCCAGCCGAAAUCGUCAAAGCACAUCUCGCUGGAAGCCUCGGAGAGCACCGACAGCGUCAAUAGCAAAUCGAAGUGGUCUGGCAAAAGCCCCUCAACCAUCUUCGACAAACUGAGAGCCGAUUUCAGCAGUUCCAAGUCGUCCGUCUCCCGCGUUGCUCAGGUCCGACUUCUUGAACCUGGUGACAAGGCAACGGCCCUGACACCUGCGGAAUUGGAAGAGCAGUGGCAAGACUUGGUGGACUGUCUGAAAACGUGUAUUCUGCGUUCGUUUGAUGCUCGGGUCGCCCAAUACGAAUUGGACAUUCGUGAAAGAGACAGCCAAAGAAGUUUGCCGGGCUGGAACUUCUGCACAUUCCUCGUUCUCAAAGAAGGUCUCGCCAAAGGCUUUGAAAACUUGGGCUUGCUCGAAGAUGCCCUUGCUGUGUAUGACGAGCUCUCCCUUGGACUCGACACGCUGGUCAAGGAACAGGCCCGGAAAAAUGAUCACGAUGAAAGCGGAGCACUAUUGGCUUUUUCUAAGGAAUCCAAGAAUCUCCUAAGAGCAGCUCUGGACUCGGAAUCGCAGAGCAUACCACGCAUAGAUGCUGGCUCACCGCUUGACCUGGUUCACAUUCUCACAGCAGAUCGCGAGGACUUUCCGUUUGAUGUUGAAAGGAAAAAUUACCGCAACCUUAUCCUCUCUAAUGAUGUUUCGGCCUUGGAUCUUCGCAUCUACCUGUUCACACGGGAACUGGAGAUUUUGACCAGACAGUCGCGGUUGGUACUAGGAAAGUCCUCCCAACCCGGCAAACCGAGCGCCGAUCUCGACGUCGUCGCAGAUUUGACGGAACGAGCCUUGGAGUUCAUCAGUCUCGCCGGUCGCACUCUCCGAUUCGAGCUUUACAAUGCCUGGGGUGGAUACGAAGGGUUGAGUGAAGCUGAAUUGCGUACCCAGAGAAUCGUCACAAGCAACAUUGUCUCCACCUGGCAGUGGAAAGCUGUUAUGCAGAUCCUUACUCAAGCUUUGCCAGCCUUGGGCGGUGGCGUCGACUACAGCAACAGUGCGUUCUCACUGGACACGACUGAGCUCUCUCCCGACCCCGAUGCAGCCAUUCCGGACCAGUCCCAUGGGUCUUCUGAGAGCUACCAACCCAUAUCCCUUGCGUCUGGUAUGCGGUCCUCUUCCCGUGAACGCUCUCUGGAACGAAGCAAGAGACAUUCCCCAAUACCUAAUGGCUCCAUCCUACGACACGGACCGCCGGCUCGAACAGGGUUUGCGCGUCUCGUUUUGUGGAUAUCAAAGCUCGUACUCAUGGCGAGACAUUUCAUCGAGACCUUGGAGGCCGUGAAACCAUGGGUCCUUAGUAUGAAACAGUCUGCCCUGAAAUCUAAUAGCGAACGAAUGGAACCGAUUGCCAUCAAUGGCGAGGCCAACUGCGACCCGGUGGAAGACCAUCUUCAACCCUCCCCCAAGACUGAGCUUCUCUUGGGCUUAGGCUCCUCCACCUUGAGAGCGGCAGCGACCUCGAAGUCAAGCUUUGUCAAGCUUUACGCCAUGUUGUCUGUCCUUGCUUUUCGGAUUGUAUCACCGACAAAGCCUCGAUCUACAUUUCAGCAAAUAUUGACGGACCUGAUCGAAGUCGAAUAUUCAGAAGGUAACUGGUCCAUUGCUGCACGUUACCUUGGGAACGUCCUUGGUCCACUCCCACGCGGCUCGUACCGUCCUUCAGAAGAGUAUCUUCUCCGAAUAUAUGCUGAGUGUCUGAAGAGUCUUGAGCGGCCCAGUGAAUACGCUCGAUGUCUUAUUUCUUGUCUCCAUCACUCUAGAAAUGCCGGUUAUGCAACCUCAAGGUCUCGCUCCGAUGCGAACCAAUAUUAUAUGAAUCAGCUUUUCCAGGUAUUGCCAAAUAUCCCAGCAACAACACUACGUGCGUCAUUACUAUUUCGCAUUUCUGCAGUUUCGCGGCACAUUUCUCCACAUGAGAGCAAGGAUGGGUUCACUGUCUCAAUCAACAUAAGCAGUCUUUCAGGGGCCUCGACUCCUCCAAUCGAUAAUGUCAAACUGCGGCUCAUUGCAAGAGACGGUGUCGAACCGCGAUCAAUAUUGCUCUUCCUUCCGGACAAGGUAAACGUAGAUUCCAGGGAUAAGACCAUAACCCUGGAAACUCCCGUCACGACGCAUGGCUGGUACCUACCGGACGAAGUCGAGGUCUGCAUUGGCAACCUGAGACUUUUGCAUCACUUCAAGUCGGGAAUAGACGAUGAAGAUGCCGGAUUUGAUGACUCCCUCAGCCCUCGCGCAGAUGUGGUGCCACUCCUUCUAUACCCCAGCUACCGAUCGUUUGGAAUCAAGAUGUACCCUUUCCCAAUCAUUCAUUUGGCCCAUAUCCGCAGGCUGCUGCUCCAAGUCAGGCCCGGUCAGAACAAUAUCAAGCAGGUCAAGCUUCGGUUGAGGACGGCAACAGCCGGGCUGAGGCUCAACAUCCACGACUCCAAAUCGGUCGGCAGCCAGCAUGAGUCAAAUCCAAUGCGGACUGCCCGAGAAGGUGACGCUUUAGUGAUGAUCAUGGACAACUUGGCCCCGCUGACGAUUACCGACAUCGAGAUACCAUACACCAUGGAGGCGUCUUCCGAGCCGGCCAUAAUGUUGCGCAUUGAGGCUGGUUACGAAACGGAUCAGGGAAUAUUCACCUUUUAUGACACAGCUUUUGUGAAGGUGAUCUUACCUGUCACUGUCAAUGUACAAGAUGUGUUUCGUAGGGAUUGCAUGUAUUCCAGAUUCACCAUUAUCCCUUCAACCAUGGUACCGCUUCGUCUCAUUGGCUGCAAUCUGGAGAAGAACGAGUCCCAUGACAUGAUUGCGGGCGGUAGCUUCAACGAGCCAUUUGUGGUGUUCCCGAAGCAACCUGCUAAUUGGACAGUCCGACUGGUACCCAAGGAUGGAAAUGCUGCUGAUGCCAAUAGAAGACUAACGCUCGUUGUCGACUUCCAAUCUCUAGACGGAGUAAUGUUGGCCAUUCUUGAGACGCACUUCACCAGAGAGCUUGCCAAUUCCAAGCACGCUUUUGCCACCCGGCUGCUAACAUCACAUUUACUGGAGCGUGUUCGUACCACAUGGACAGAGCAAGAUGUGGAAGUUGCAGGUUUAACACAAGAAUUUGAGGUCUGGAAGAUGGAGGAUAUGGAGUGGCCAUCGGUUUUGUGUGCAUUUGACAGGAAAAGACGAGCCGAGAUUGAGGACUGGCUUCGAGACUGGCACUCUCGGACCCCGCCGAUCAAGUUUUCGUCUUCAAAAGUCCCCCAACGUCAGCUCAGAUUGUUCGUUGACAUUCCACCGCGCCCUACACUGGUUUCAGCAUUCUUGGACGCCAAAUGGUCAAAGUCGCCACACGCGACCGCAACAAUCGGUCAGCCAUUGCUGGCCGAAAUCAUCAUCAAACUCGAAGAUCAAGUAGAAGGGGAAUUGGAAGGAUCAUUCGAGAUCGCUGUUCCUUCGGAUUCGUGGUUGAUUGGGGGCAGACGCAAAGGCAAUGUGCAGCUGGGUUCAGAGGCCGUCCGCAUGCACGUGGUCCUGUUUCCACAACAUCUCGGACAUUUGCUCGUUCCCUCGGUCAGUGUGAAAUGCCGCAGGCGUGUCCGAAGCAGCGGCAAGGAUGAAUGGAUAGACCUCAUGACUGAUGUCCAGAAUCCUGCUCAUGGUCGGACCAUUCUUGUUACCCCAGAUUUGCGGAGUACCACGGUGGAGGUCUUUGGAGUGACAGCGGAUGAAGGUGCUGGCAAGCUGGUCGCAAGCUUCAGUCGUGGAGGAGCACCGCGAAGUCAAACUGGAGCCCCGGCACCCUCCUCACCGCCAUUGCGAGGCCUUGAGCUGGCGAGACCUUGA